AAUAAAAAAAUGGAGAGAAGAAGUGAAAAGCAACCAAAACGAGGGUAAAAGAAAGCCUGAAAUUAACCCUAGAAAACUAAACCCAACCACACCCGAGAGUAAACAAAUUUUGGCGGGAAGGCUCCAAAAAAUUAACAUCACCUGUCAAUUUCUCAGCCUCUUCGCAUUCUGAUUUCUCACCCUUUUCUCCCGGUUUCUCGCUACAGAACCAUGUCCGGGGUUCGACGCCGGCGCGAUGCUGCCGGAAAAGAAAGGCGGCUUGUGAAAACCGAUAAUGGCGAAGACCCAGUGAUCCUUUCGGACUCGCUAGAGUCUGAAACGGGGAGUGCGCGGAUUCGGCUUCGAGAGCGGUGGGAACUGGCGUCUGUUCUCAAUUUCUUGAACGUUUUUGAGCCAGUCAUUGGAAGCAAUUCAAAGAUAUCAGCUGAAGAGAUUGAGAUGGGCCUUAUCAAGCCGGAUAGUCCUGUUGCUCAGCUUCACAUUGACCUGUUGAAGGGAAUUCCACCAGUAAAUAAAAAUUUGAAUGGUUCUGAUGCAUGGGUGACGGUACUUUGCAAGAAACUCACUAUGUGGUGGCCAUGGGUUGCUGAAGGGGAGAUUCCGCUAACUGCUAAUAAGGGAGAGGAGAUAAACAGAUACAAAGAACUUGAUCCAACAAUUCGUUUACAGAUUUUGAAAGCACUUUGUGAAAUUCGAGCUGAGCAAAAUGAUACCGUUUCCUACAUCAACGAUGCAAUAAAACAUGGAACUGAACUUUCUUGUUUUCGCAAAAAUAAUAUUGGUGGAGAUCGAAAUGGAACUACUUAUUGGUAUGAUGGAAAUACAGUUCUUGGUCAUAGAUUGUACAGGGAAGUAAAGAAGUUUGACCCCAAGACAAAAGUUAGGGGAAAAGGUUGUUUGGCUCCUCCACUUGCCAGUUUCAAGUGGGAAACACUAGCAACCAAUCUUGAGGAAUUUCGUAAAGUUGCGGAUGAUUUCUCAUCUAGCAAAGUUACUGUACAAGUUGCUGUUAGUAAGAUUGUUCAAACUGAUGCAAUUCCUGUUCUUGAGGAUCUUCAGAAGAAGAAAGAAAGGGCAUUCAAACGGAAACGGAGGCAAGAAAUGCUUCUGAAUGAUUCACAAAAUUCCUAUAGAGUUGAAAGUACUCGUUCCUGUCGCAAUAGGAGGCCUGUCAGUUACACAUUUGAUGAAUAUGACCGGACCAUUAAGGAGGCUAUACAGAUGACAAAUAAAAGAAAGGCUACUGAAGAUCAAAAGUGUAAUGGAAAGCAUGGAAAUAUGAACGGCAUUGCAUCCGAUGGGGACUCAGACACAGACACAGACACAGAUACCCAGUUAAGAGAUAGUUCUGUUAAUAGUCGUGACUCCAUGGAAAGUGACUCUGGCAAUGUCAAGCCUCAUGAAGAUGAUGGUGACUAUGAAGACAAGGAAAGUGAUGAAUAUAGUAUCAAAAAGGAGGAUGAAAAUGAUGAAGUUGGCAAUGAUGACAAAAACAAUCAAUAUUACAUGAAAACCAAGGAUGAUAAUGAAGAUGGUGAUGACUACAAAACUGACAGAACUGCAGAAUUUAAUAUCAAAAAGGAGGGAGAUGAGUUUAAUAUCAAAGAGGAAGAGGGUUCUGAAGAUGGCAAUGAUUGCAAAGAUGAAAAAGCUUAUCAAAAUCACAUGAAGGAGGUUGAGAAUGAUGAUGGCAGGGACUUGAGCAGUUCCCAUAAGAAAAUUUUCAAUCUCAGCAAGAGGAACCAUGCAACAGCUCAGUCCAAGGAGCAGUCAUGUUACUCUCCCAGCAAGCCGGGUGGCUUGCGCUGGAGCAUCAGACUGGCUGAGACCAGCAGCCAUCCUGUUGCAGGAACCAGAAGCCCAGGCACGAAGAACAGAUUGAGGCAAAGACCGACACGCAACACUGCCAUGGAGUCCAUCAUCAUCCCUGAUUCAGAAGAUGGCAACUCAUCAGAAAACACAAACAGUGGAAUUCCAGGGGGUGAAACUUCAUCUCCAACUGCUGAUCUGGAAGAGGAGAGUGAUUGCUAAACAUAUCUAAAAAAACAGAUAUGGAAAAUUUUCCAUAUGCACACAAUGAUCUUCCUUGAAUUUUCUGGUGCAAGGAUCCAACAUUGAUUUUGUUUCCUGCAAUGUGCUUCCAACAAUUAUGUCUUUUGAUUUGUGAGAAAAUGGUUAAACAAAAUUGGCCUCAUUUGGUUGAUUUAAGGAUAUAAUCCUUUUAAGUGA